ACCAUUCGCCACGUCACAAAAAGAGACUUCCGUGUGGCGCAACAACUGUAUAAAAACCCCGCGCCAUCCUCCCCACCGUCACGCCCGCCGUUAAGUCUUCCAAAAAAGAAAUUCAGUAACAAAAAUCAAAAGGCGCAUUUUAGCCGGAAACGUGGAAAUCCCCAGAAAUCGACACUUAUAUCAAAUACCACUACGGAAGAUUUAAAUUUCCCUUUUUUGUUUUCUUUCUGCAAUUAAGAAUUUAAAACACGAUGAAUACUAAUUUCCAGGCUCAACAUUUGUUCAAUUCUUCUUCGACUGAUCGGAGGCUUGGCGUUUUGGCAAAACACAUCGAUCCGACGUCAUCAAUGGCGAAUACUGAUCACAGCUCCAGUACUGCUAUCAUCUCUGCUUCGCCAACUUCUCAUCCUGCCGGUGGCUCUGUUUUCUCUCAUGUUGUUCAGGCCCCUGAAGAUCCCAUUCUCGGGGUCACUGUUGCUUAUAACAAGGAUCCAAGCCCAGUGAAAUUGAACUUGGGGGUAGGAGCUUACCGAACGGAGGAAGGGAAGCCUCUUGUUUUGAAUGUUGUGAGACAUGCUGAACAGCAACUAGUUAAUGACAGAUCUCGUGUUAAGGAAUACCUUCCAAUUGUUGGGCUGGCAGAUUUUAACAAGUUGAGUGCUAAGCUCAUACUUGGUGCAGACAGCCCUGCUAUACGAGAGAAUAGGGUGACAACUGUUCAGUGCCUGUCGGGCACGGGUUCUUUGAGAGUUGGAGGGGAAUUUUUGGCUCGACACUACCACGAACGAAGCAUCUACAUUCCCCUGCCAACAUGGGGAAAUCACCCAAAAGUAUUUACUCUGGCUGGUUUAUCUGUGAAGACUUACCGCUACUAUGAUCCAAAGACUCGUGGUCUUGAUUUCCAAGGCUUGUUGGAAGAUCUUGGGUCUGCUCCAUCAGGUGCAGUUGUUCUUCUGCAUGCCUGCGCUCAUAACCCAACAGGUGUUGAUCCAACUCCACAGCAAUGGGAACAAAUCAGGCAGUUGAUGAGAUCGAAGGCACUCUUACCUUUCUUUGACAGUGCUUACCAGGGUUUUGCGAGUGGAAGCCUUGAUACAGAUGCGCAAUCUGUUCGUAUGUUUGUGGCGGAUGGGGGCGAGUGCCUUGUAGCCCAGAGUUAUGCAAAGAACAUGGGCUUGUACGGUGAACGUGUUGGUGCGCUAAGCAUUGUGUGCAGAGCAGCUGAUGUGGCCAGCAGAGUUGAGAGCCAGUUGAAACUGGUGAUCAGGCCAAUGUAUUCAAAUCCGCCGAUACAUGGUGCAUCUAUUGUGGCGACUAUCCUUAAGGACAGAAAUUUGUUCCACGAGUGGACAAUUGAACUAAAGGCAAUGGCAGAGCGUAUUAUCAGCAUGAGGAAGCAAUUAUUUGAUGCUCUGCGCACUAGAGGUACACCUGGUGACUGGAGCCACAUUAUCAAGCAAAUUGGAAUGUUCACUUUCACUGGACUAAAUAAAGAGCAGGUCGCCUUCAUGACGAAAGAAUACCACAUCUACAUGACAUCUGAUGGACGGAUUAGUAUGGCUGGUCUGAGCUCUAGGACUGUUCCACACCUUGCAGAUGCCAUUCAUGCUGCAGUUACACGAUUCUCCUAAAUCCCGAAUGAUCGCUUUUUGAAGAUCCGUUAUAUUCCCUCCCAUACCAAAUGUAAUUUGUUUCUUAUAAUAAAUUAGCUGUAAUAAUCCAGUAGUAUCAGGCAUAGUCCUGCCUGAUGUUUGGGGGUAAAGGUACUGUGUCAUUUACGUAUGCAGAACUGUAGAACUGAAUUCUGUAUAAGCAAUAAUAAGUUGCAAAGCAAUGUAGCAGCUGCUUCGUUAUUUCUUGUUCAUGAGAAUUUAACCUCUUAUUUUUUAUUAUUUAUCUUUUUUGGUCAUUUCGUGCAAGUCCCACAAUCAAACUACAUGAUAUUACUCAUGACAAA